UUUUGCUGGGUGAACCCCCUCGACGAGGGGGAAAUCGGUAUGCAUAUUUGAACACAGAAACAAUUAAUCUACAUAAAAAUCUAAUUUUUAUGGAGAAGUAAAAAAGGAUUGGACCUUAUACGAAAUGGCUUCUAUGGUGUUUUUAAGGUAAAAGUUGAGUGGAAUAAAGAUAAAAAUGGAUGGUUUGAUGUCUUUGGGUAAUCUGUCUUGUAUAGAAAAUUCUAAUUCAAUUUGGUCUUUGGGUAAUCUGUCUUGUAUAGAAAAUUCUAAUUCAAUUUGGUCUUUCUUUUAGAUUUAUUUUUUUAUAGGAAGCUGAAAGGUGAUAUUAAUAAAGUUGACGGGGCAUCAUUUAUAUUUACAACUUAGAAUGCCAGUAUGAGGUACUGUAUACUAAAACAUCUAUACAAAUACUAAUAAAACAUAGGACAAUUAUGGGUAGGACAAUUAUGGGUAACACAUGAAUUAACCCUAUUCAGCCCUAUAUUUAUAAUACCCUUAGUUAAAGUUUUUUACAUUUUUCACUCUUUAAAACAAAAUUACCUUUUGUUAAACAAAUAAACUAUUUCAGUUUCUUACUCUUCCCCCUUCCCAUCUGUUGAAAACACCCUCUGUUGCGAAAGUUAUAGCAAUUAAAAUACGCAAGUAUACGUAGUCGCACAAGUAAUAUAAUGAUAAAUGAGUAUCGUCUCCACAGGGAUUUUAAACUAAAUAAUUGCAAAAUCAACUAAAAACAAUUCAAAAAGACAAUAACCAAUUCAAGGGAAUAAUGGGUAAAUGAAUCUUGAAUUAAAAGUAAAUAUGCAGAAUUAAUUAAACUAAAAUAAUGGAACCAAGAGAAAUCAAGUUUGAGAGAAAAUCUAUGUGAACAAGUAGAUCUGGGUGGUUAAUCCCCCUAUAAUUUCUUCCUAGUUGUUAUAGCAUAAGUUCAGCAAUGGCUCAGCAAUUACAUCCAGAGUUAACAGAUUUCAAAAACCCCCAGUAAGUCUUUUCCAAAACCCACUGUAUAAUGCUUACAACCCUCUCAACACACUCCUGUAUUAAACCAGAUUGCAAACAGUCUAUUAAGCAUCAAAUCUUGUGUUAUACAAGGCAGCAAAAUAUCCCUAUUUCACCACUAAAAUUUACCUACAAAUAGGCAAGUUUCUUGCAUCAAUUAAAUGGGUUCAGCUAGCUUAAGUUUUUCCAAACUUAGAUCUAGCUCAGUAAUUGUUAAUUAUGGCCAGUAAAUAACAAUCAAUAGCAGUAGUCACACUUAAUUGAACAAGGAUACAAUUACUUUAACCAUGCAUCAAAACAUUAAUUCAUAUUGUAGGGUUCAUAACCACCCAAACCUCUAAGGAUUAGUUCAUGUCUGAAAUGAAAAGUACAAAGCCAGUAGCAAAUAGAAUAUCCAUAGAGUUGUUCACAGUUGAAAUGGAGAGAAAAUUUAAUACAAAAUUAAAAGGAAGAAGGAAAGAGUAGAAUGAAUUGAUGAGCUCAAGUCCUCCUAGGCGUCUGCCGUGGUCCUCUUCCCUUUUUGGUAUUUUCUCUCUGUUUUCUUCAGCUCUCCUCUGUACUUCUUUUUUUUUCUUCAAAUGGUGAUGAAUUUCUUUCAGAAUAAUGGUUCCCUUAUGUUGCGGCUGCCCCCUCCUUUUUAGGGUACUUUGCUUUACCCUAAUAGGAAAGUCAAUUCCCACCUUGUCCUCAAAAUGCCACAUCACCCAGCUGACUUAAGUUAUUAAAAUUCUAGCCACAUAGGCGCUGAUUUCAAUCAUUAAGUCCAGCUGUCUUUUAGCCACGUCACCUGCCUGAUUCUUGAAUUGCUGAGUGGUGAUGCUACAGCAUUGAAGUAGCAACACGCCCCUUUCAGAAUUCAUUUUUCCCUUUUGCUUCCAGCAGUUCCCUUUCACAUAUUUUGUAAGCUUCCUUUCCUGAUUAAUACAACACAGUAAUUUACAUAAAAACACUGAAAAAUAUUACAAUACAAUACAAACUCUUACCCAGACUCACUACCUAGAAUAACACACUAAAACUGACAAAAUUACAUGAAAUAAGGACUCAUUACUCUUUUUAAUUUUGAAAAGCAAGUUCAAAGAUUAUAAAAAUAACUCUAAAUCCUAGAGUUAUCACCCUCCCUCCCAAACCCAGAUUUCUUCCCGUCGAAGCUGCGGUGGUACUCCGGCCAGCACCCACCUCGUCCCUCCUCCCAGUUGCGUCAUCAUCUCCACAGCCACCAGCCCCUUUUACACUCUUGGUCCCGACCCCACGAACCCAUCCCCUCCGCUUGGUCCCGACCCCGAACCCACCCACAUUGCUGCCUUGCCGUGCUUCGCAGCCAUAUCGUCGAGCCCACGUCGCCGGAGCCCAAGGUUUACAACACCUAAGACCCCACACUCCCCUUGCAAGCCCGAUACCCUAGCCCAAGAUGUCACUCCUCAUGCUUCCUACUGAAAGGCAUUAUCCAGCAAAGGCUGCGUAUAAGGGAGGGAGCAUUAUGAGUACAAUAAUAGCGAAGUUCAAGGCAUUUGACUUGUUGGAACGAGCGAAACAGUCACCAUUCAAGCAAUUCUUCUUAGCUCCACCUCUACAAUAUUCUGGAGUUAUUAUUCACCAGUUACUGCUUACGAGAGUUGUUGGUAGAGGAAAGAACGAAUACUGCUUGAAUUUUAAUAUUUGUGGUCAGAAUACAAGGUUUGGAAUUAGUGAAUUUGGUUUGAUCACUGGAUUGAAUUGUGGAAUUUCUCCGGAUCAAGCAAAGUAUAAAGAAAUGACCAAGAGUAAAAGACUUCUCCAGAAAUACUUGAACAAUAAAGAAUGUUUGUCUUCUGAAGAGUUGGAAGAUGGAUUCAAAAGGUGCGAUGUGAAAGAAGACGUAUGGAAAUUAGGUCUAUGUUUUUUGGUAGACUCUCUUUUAUUACCUAGUGAACCAAAGAAGAAAUGCUUUAUUGAUGUCCUUUCCAUGGUGGAAAAUGAAGAUGACUUCUUCAACUAUCCUUGGGGGAGAUUAUCGUACGAGAAGACAUUAUUCGGCUUGACAAAAGAUAUGGAAAGGCUAAGGAAUAAGUACUUGAAGAAUGUUGAGCAAAAGAGAAAAAGACCAGCACCUCAGUACACAAUUUAUGGUUAUGCCAUUGCUCUGCAAUAUUGGGCCUAUGAAAUUUUCACAAAGUUCUCUGCAUUUGCUGAUCAACAACCCCUUGCCUUUCCAAGAAUGCUUAGCUGGUCAGCGCAUAAAAUGCUGAAAGAGAAAGAUAUUGAAGGUGUAUUUAAGAAAAAAAGUAAUCUUGUGAAGGCCAUGCUCAAUCCAAGACCCGAAGAGAAAGAAUUUCAUGACUCUAUUAUUCAAGGACCAGAUGAACUACUCAUGGGACGUGUUAUUAACUUUGUAGACGAUGAUGUGGAAUUGGAGUUUGAAAGGGAAGAACAUGAGGAAUCUCCCACAAAGCCCGAUGUAGUAGAUGGGCAUCGUCACGAGCAAGACAAGAAAGAGAUACCAACUCCAAUUAACACCCACCAUGAAAAGUUGUUAGCUGAUAUUGACACUUUGAAAAGUAACCAACAAAGAAUGGAGGAGAAGUUGGAUUAUCUAAUUGAAUUAGUGCUCUCGCAAUGUAAAUGUAGUGAUUCUGAGGAUUCAUUAUCAGAUGAGCAUCUUGCUUCACCACACCGUACAUUUAUUAUGGAGCACGUUGUUGGAGAAGAUAGCCCUAGCUGUAAAGUGGUAUCUCCUGAAGAUAUGGCUGGGGUGGAAUUCAAGAGAAGGAGGGUUCCAACGAAAAGAAUUUUUGGUUCCGAGUUUACUGAUCCAACUAAGAAGAAAAAGAAAGCAAAGACAAUUGUAACUGAUCCUUGUGAAAUUAAUCCCCUACAGCCAUAUGACGAAAAGCAAAUGAGACGUUUUAAGAAAUGGGUAAUUGGUUUAAAAAAGAAUGAUAAGCCUAUUUCUCUCUUGGCUGGUUCAUGCACUGCGAAAUGGUUUAUUCAGCUACUUACACCACGUACAUGGCUGGACGGACUGCACAUUGAUGCAGCUUUAGGAUUGAUGAAAGAACGAGUGUACACUUACAAGAAGACUUACUCCGAAAGAUUCACCAUCGUGGAUUCUAUGUUCCAACAGUUCUUCGAACCACAUUGGGAAUAAUUCAACAAGAGGAAAAUCAAAUCAAGCUACAUUUGGCCACAAGAAGUGCUUGAUUACUUGGUAGGUGAUGAUAACAAUUUCAAAAGGAGUUGGAAAGACAUUGAUGAUGUGUUUACCCCAAUUAAUUUUUAUGGGACACAUUGGGUGUUGUUAGAGAUAUCAUUGACAAGCUAUCUUAUAAAAGCUUAUGACUCUGAUAUCACUGUGGUCUCCAACAAGAAGUUUGAGAAUAAAAUGAGUAGAUGGGGAAAAAUGCUACCAUUUCUAAUUCAAUCCAGUGGGCUGUUAAGCCAUAGGAAAGAUGUCCAACUACAAGCAGAGAAAGUACGUUUUGAGUUCACAAGACUUGGCACAGAAAAUGUGCCACAGACCAAAACGAGUGGCGAUUGUGGGGUAUAUGUCAUCAAACAUCUGGAGUACUUGCUAGCCAAAAAACCGCUAUCCGAAGUAAAUGACGACAACAUGGAUUUUUUUAGAAAAAAGACUUGUGUAGAUUUGUUUUACCAUAACUUAAGACCAUAGUUGUCUUUUAUUUAAAUAUAUGUAUCUUACUUUUGAAUGUCUGAAGAAACUAUGUCAACUUCAUCUCAUUAAAUGGUAUUGAAUGACUUCGUUUAUUUCAUCUUAAUAGUGGAA